CCUGACCCCAACGCCCAUGAGCCAGCGAUGAACUACCUUCGCGGCGCAGUCAGCGCUAUCAGCGCCCCGUAUCAGUACUACAAGGAGCUCCCGCCCCUGAAUCCCUCGACGCUCACCGGGGCAAUCGAUGUCAUUGUCAUACAACGCCCCACCGACAACGGAGACACUGAACUCGUUUGCUCCCCCUUCCACGUACGGUUUGGGAAAUGGCAGGUGCUGCGGCCUGGGGAGAAGAAGGUAACGGUCGCGGUGAACGGACAUGUCAUUCCGUACAACAUGAAGAUCGGUGACGCUGGCGAGGCCUUCUUCGUCUUCGAGACAGAUGACGACGUGCCGAACGACCUUCUUACAAGCCCUAUCCUCGAGCCCACGCGCGCGGAGGACGAGAAAGCGAAAGCGGAGCCAGGACGAUUUGGUGCCAAGGAAGAUCCGGAGGAGAACCAGGAUGUAGACGAUGGACAGGCUCCGCCUCUUAACCAGACAUCACCCGAACCGGAGCCCUUUGACCUGGAUGCCACGGAUGGCACUGCAGAGGCGCGCAAGCCGCCCCCCUCUCUGAAUCUAAAGAGCACACACUUGCCGUUCCCUCACUCCUCGGGGCUCCUGACACCAUCCACGCCAUCGUCUAUGUUCAGGAUGGACGAGGACCAGGACAAGCGCGUCGAUGAGACUUUGAAGAAGUUUGUCCGUCACGAAUCGUCGACGGCGGACGUGCAAUAUAGCCAUCAUAUGGCUCUUGACUCUGAGGGGUACCACGCUGAACAUGGUCGCGAGCGCUCUGAUGAUACUGUGACUGGAGAUGAGCGUGAACCUGGACCUUCAUCGCAGCCCUUCCCGUCGCCACCUGUAACGGAAAAUGGCCGCCCCGGCAUGACGCAUGUGAAGUCCGCUUUUGCCGACCGUGAUGAGUUCGACGUUCCCGAGAGCGAGGCCAGCAACGAUGACGGCCCUAUACCCUUCCCUCGCGCCACUUCCGAGCCGCCGCCCGAUGUGGACGAACCCUCGGAUGGGUAUUACCCUCGCACACCCACCCAGCAACAUCCUCACCCACAGGAAUAUUCAUGGGACUGGGGCGCAUUCCCGCAAGCCUCACCAAUCAAGCCGUCGUUCUCCAGGAGUGGCCGCGUCGAGACCGGAAAGGACUUAGGAAAGCCCAUGACACGAGCGGACUUCAAGGGGAAAGGCCGAAUAUUUCCAGAGGGUGGCCUCGACGCUGUCGACAACCAGAGCUUGAGCGACCGCAGGCUCAUUCGUAGUCGCAGUGUGCCACCCGAUGCAGAUGUACCGCUCAACAGCCAGGCGGAUUCGUCCAUCCCUAGCAUUACUACACAGGAUGCUGAUGACGAGGAAGAUGGCUACGGUUCAGGCGGCAUCCUCCGACCGAGCAAACGACAUCCUUUUGGCUUCGUCGUCCUCAUAGAUGGAAAGCGUGCCACAUUCGAGCUCAGUUUGGUCGAUGACCCUGGUAUAUUCCACGGACUCGACGAGGUGGACGCCGCACGUCGAUUCGAGGAGCAUCGGGUAGACUUCGAGCGCUUCCUUAAUGACCCCAGUGUCGUGCAGGACUCCAAGCUGGUACUGCGCUGGUCUGGUGAUCAGUAUAUCACCCGAGCAGACGGCUCUCCACUUAUGGACGCUCUCGUGCGCUGGCGUGAUCUAGCAGUCGCCCAUCGCCGACCCUCUCGACCCACCUCACCCAUGUCCGACGACGAAGAGGGCGCCAAGUCCGAUAAUGAACAGCCCUCCUCUCUCACCAACACCGCCUCAGAAUCCAAUCCUACCAUCGCGAAGCCGAAGCCCACCUCAACAUCCUGGGUCCAAUGGUGGCGUCGCAGCCAGAGCAAACCCUCUGCGCCACCGAAACAGGGCGACAUGAUCGCUGGUCGCCCCGUUCUGAAGGAGACGGCCUCCGCGCCGGUGGACGACCCAUUGAUACACGAGCAGCAGAAGCUGGCGAAGGACAUACAGGCGACGGACACGGCGCCGGCGCUACCAUCGAGCCCGGUGAACGUGACACCUUCUCCACCGAGCUCGCCUGCAAAUGAGCAGCCACCGAAGCGAUUUGCGAAGACGUUGCGGUUGGGAUCAGAUCAGUUGAAAGCCCUCAACCUGCACUCAGGUGCCAACUCCAUCACCUUCUCACUGUCCACAAGCGGCGCAAUCGCCUGCACUGCGCGGAUCUUUGUGUGGGACUGCACGGACCUGAUUGUCGUGUCCGACAUCGACGGUACAAUCACCAAGUCAGAUGGCUUAGGGCACGUCUUCGCCAUGAUUGGCCGGGACUGGACGCAUAUGGGUGUCGCGAAGCUGUACACCGACAUUGCGCGGAACGGGUACAAGAUCAUGUACUUGACGUCGCGAGCCAUCGGCCAAGCGGAUGCGACGCGCGACUAUCUGAAGGGCAUUCGCCAGAACAACUACGAGCUGCCAGAGGGGCCAGUCAUAAUGAGCCCCGAUCGCUUGCUAGCAUCUUUGCAUAGAGAAGUCAUCAUGCGCAAGCCUGAGGUUUUCAAGAUGGCCUGUUUGCGCGAUAUCCAGCGCCUGUUCGGCGAGGGGCGAAAGCCAUUCUACGCCGGCUUUGGCAACCGGAUAACGGAUGCCUUGUCCUACCGUAGUGUCAACAUCCCGAGCUCGAGGAUAUUCACGAUUGACUCCUCGGGCGAAGUGAAGCUGGAGUUGCUCGAGCUCGCUGGGUACAAGUCCUCAUAUAUACACAUGACGGACCUGGUUGAUCAGAUGUUUCCGCCGAUCCAUCGCAAGUGGGCGCCGGAGUACACCGACUUUAACUACUGGAAGCCACCGAUUGAGGACUUCCCCCUACCAGACCUGUCGCCACCUUCUCCGGCUCUCAGCGCGCGGUCAGACACAUCAACGUUCUCGCGCAUACGCAACUUCAGCCUCGUCAGCUCGCGCUCACCACCGAAGCCCUCGACACCACUACCUGAGGCAGAGCGGGAUGGCUCGCGAUCGAAAGAGCUGCGGCAAAUGUCGUCCUUCGAGCGAUUGAGCUCAACGCUUGGCUUCAGCUCGAGCUCAAGCUCGACGGCGGAUGCUGGGCGCCGAAGUGCGAGCCCAAUGUCGCGCUCUUCGUCUUCGUUGACGUUCGCCGAGUCCGAUGAGGACCUGAGCGAUGGGGAGGAGCGGAAAUACCGACGCGAACGACGGACGAGCAUGCCUGGUUCUCUGGACGGCUUCGAGCUAGACGAAGCCGAUGAGGAGGGUCAGGAAGAGGAAGGAGAUUACGGCGCGGAGUACGAUGAAGAGGGAGAGCACGUACCGCUGACGGAGGAACCGGAAGAGGCUGACCUCGACGACGACCUGCUCGCUGCAGACGAAAUGAAGAACGUUUCUUUCCUGUGAUGAUUGGGACUAUGACUGGGAUGUACACGCACUAAUGACUACAGUACUAGUAUCACUGCCUGCAAUAUCUAUAAUCUGCAUGGUUUCUGUGACGGGUGCUAUCUUCAGCGCCGGCAUGCCAAGCG